AUGGCUAUCAGAAUAGCAAGAUCUCCUGUAGCCAUCUUCUCUUCAUCUUCUUCCCCUCGUUCCAAUUGGAUCUAUGACGUUUUCUUGUGUUUCAGAGGCGAAGACACGCGUAAAAACUUCACCGACCACCUCUACUUUGCUUUGAGAGAUGCUGGAAUCAAAAUCUUUAAAGAUGACAAUGAGCUCCGAAGAGGACAAUACCUUGCAUCCGAAUUGAUACGAGCAAUCCAAGGAUCCAGAAUCUCUAUCAUCGUUUUCUCAAGGAACUAUGCAGCUUCGAGGUGGUGCAUGGAGGAACUUGUGGAAAUUAUGGAGUGUCGAAGAACUUUGAAGCAACUGGUUCUACCUAUAUUCUAUGAUGUUGAGCCCUUUGAUGUGAGAAAGCAGACGGGUAGUUUUGCAAAAGCAUUCGCGAAACAUGAAGAGCAUUAUUUGUUGGACAUGGACAAAGUUCUCAAGUGGAGAAGAGCUUUGUGUGAUGUUGCUAAUUUGUCAGGGUGGAAUCUAAGAAAAACUGCAGACGGGCAUGAAGCAAAGUUUAUUAAGAAAAUUGUUGAAGAGAUUUCAAGAGAACUGAACAACACACACUUGUUUAUAGCACUCUACCCAGUUGCAGUAGAUUCUCAUGUUCAAGAUAUAACUUUUGGGUUAAAUGUUGGAGCUAGCGAUAUUCGCAUGGUAGGAAUCUUGGGAAUGGGCGGAAUUGGCAAAACAACCAUUGCUAAAGCCAUUUAUAACCAAUUUUUUCAUGGAUUUGAAGGUAAAAGUUUUCUUACAAAUGUUAGGGAAACUUCCAAGGAACCUAGGGGUCAUGUUCAUCUCCAAGAACAACUUCUUUUUGACAUCUUGAAGACAAGCGAGAUAAAGAUAAGUAGUGUUGAUAGAGGAAUCAAUAUGAUUAAAGAAAGACUUUUUAGUAAAGCAAUAGUUGUGAUACUUGAUGAUGUAGACCAAAUGGAGCAACUGAAUGCCAUCUGUAGAAGGUGUGACUGGUUUGGUUUGGGAAGUAGAAUUAUUAUAACAACAAGAGAUGAGCAUUUGCUAAAGGAGCUAGAAGUGGAUAGUGUAUAUAGAGUUACAGCAAUGAAUGACAUUGACUCUCUUGAGCUCUUAAGUUGGCAUGCCUUUAGGAAUAGUUAUCCUAUUGAAGAUUAUACUGAUUUGUCAAGAAGUGUUGUUGCUUACUGUGGAGGGUUGCCACUAGCACUUGAAGUUUUGGGCUCAUUCCUUUUCUCUAGAAGCAUGCUAGAAUGGAAAAGUGCAUUAGAUAAAUUGAAGAGGAUUCCUCAUGAGCAGAUUCAAAAUAAACUUAGAAUAAGUUUUGAUGGAGUAAGCGACAAUACUGAAAAAGAUAUAUUCCUUGACAUAUCAUGUUUCUUCAUAGGAAAGGAUAUAGACUAUGUUGUAAAAAUAUUGGAUGGCUGUGGUUUUUUUGCAAAGAUUGGAAUUAGUGUCCUCAUUCAAUGGUGUCUUCUUAAAGUUAGUGAGACAAAUGAGUUUACAAUGCAUGAUUUGUUGCGAGACAUGGCAAGAGAAAUCGUUCGUGAGAAACACCCCAAUGAACCUGGGAAAUGGAGUAGAUUAUGGCUGCAUGAGGAUGCAUUUGAUAUAUUGACAAAGCAUGAGUUGCUUGAGAAGAUGAAAAUUCUAAAUCUCAGUCACUCUUAUUAUCUGAGCGACACCCCUGACUUUUCAAAACUCCCAAAUCUAGAGCAAUUAAUGCUUGAAGAUUGUACGAGUUUGCUUGAGGUUCACCACUUCAUUGGAGAUCUUAGUAAUCUUGUUUUGGUGAAUUCGAAAGAUUGCAAAUGCCUUAAAAGUUUGCCAGGGAGUUUCUAUAACUUGAAGUCGCUAGAAACUCUCAUUCUUUCUGGGUGUUCUAAAAUGCACAAUCUGGCUGACAACUUGGGGGAGAUGGAAUCAUUGACAACUCUUCUUGCAGACAGAACUGCUAUAAAACAAGUGCCUUUUAGUAUAGUGCAAUUGAAGAAUCUCAAAUAUUUAUCUCUAUGUGGGUGUAAAGGAUCACCGUCUAAGUCAUUGCCAUCACUCUUUUGUUUAUCGGAUGACGGAAUUCCUACCGAUCUUUGGAAUUUAUGUUCUCUUAAAAUUUUAGAUUUAAGAUGCAAUAGUUUUGAAAGCCUAUCAACAAGCCUAGGUGGUCUUUCGAAGCUUCAAGAUCUUAGACUGGAUUGCUGUAGAAAGCUUAAAUCAAUUCCGGAUUUACCAGCAAGUCUGGAUAAGUGGUCAAAUCCUAUUAUGUCUGUUGGCAUGGAAGGAUGCAUGAAUCUAACACAUACUUUUAAGCAAAGCAUCCUACAGGAAUGGGUUCUACGUGGAGUUGGCAUUGUCCUCCCUGGCAAUCAAAUCCCCGAUUGGUUCACGUAUCAGUGUGAGGGACCCUCGGUACAUUUUAAAGUACCUACUGUUGAUCCCAUAUUGAAAGAGUUUGGUGUAUGUGUUGUAUCUGCAUCACGUGUUCAAGUGUUAUCUUCAUAUAAAGGCAGCAUGUCAUUUAUCGAAGGUAGCAUGUUAUUUAUCAACCAUACCAAGAAUACAACCAGUGGCCUAUUCCCUCUUGGAGAUCACCUAUUCCUACGUAUACGCAAUAUUGUUCGUACCAAUGAUUUUGAGGAUGGUAAUGAAGUAGAGGUUCUUGUAUAUUGGAGGCCUGAAAUAUUCAUUGUGAAGAAAAUAGGGGUCUAUCUAGUAUAUGACAGGGUUGUUGAUGGAAAAGAUGAGGGUCAUGCCAUUGUUGUCAGUGAUGAUGAGGAUGACAAUAACAAUAUAGAAGAUAGAUGCUCCUCUAAGAGAAAAAUGAGAUCUCCAAAUAUGAUUGAUGAUUCACAAACUUUGAUGAAAGAGAAAAAGCUCAAAAAGCUUGCUACAGAGGAAUGGCGCACUCGAUCCAUUAUCGUCAUUAUUUGUUCACACAACAAGUAA